CUAACUCUGCGCAUGUCUGCCCGAAGCUCCACUUUGUCCAGAGCCUGAGAUUACACUGCUUGUGCGACCCAAAGUGGGGAGGACAGAUCAGAUUCUCUGUCCUUACUUGGCUCAACGAACUUGCUAAGAGUUUUCCAUUCUCUCUCCUGCCCAUGCUAUUUUGAGGAACAAGAGAGAAAGAAAGAACUUUUCCCAAAUGAAGCGAACUCACCUGCUCGUUUUGGGGGUCUAUUUGCUGUCCUGUUGCAGGGCAGAAGAAGGGCUGAAUUUCCCCACGUAUGAUGGAAAGGACCGAGUGGUAAGUCUUUCUGAGAAGAAUUUCAAGCAGAUUUCAAAGAAAUACGACUUGCUCUGCCUCUACUACCAUGAGCCGGUGUCUUCAGAUAAGGUUGCCCAGAAGCAAUUUCAGAUGAAAGAGAUUGUGCUGGAGCUUGUGGCUCAGGUCCUGGAGCACAAGGACAUAGGCUUUGUGAUGGUGGAUGCCAAGAAAGAAGCCAGGCUCGCCAAGAAGCUGGGUUUUGAUGAGGAAGGAAGCCUCUACGUGCUUAAGGGAGAUCGCACAAUUGAGUUUGAUGGCGAGUUUGCAGCUGACGUCCUGGUGGAGUUUCUCUUGGAUCUAAUGGAAGACCCGGUGGAGAUCAUCAACAGCAAGCUCGAGGUCCAAGCCUUCGAGCGCAUCGAGGACCAGAUCAAACUCCUUGGCUUCUUCAAGAGUGAGGACUCAGAACAUUAUAAAGCUUUUGAAGAGGCAGCUGAACACUUCCAGCCUUACAUCAAGUUUUUUGCCACCUUCGACAAAGGGGUUGCAAAGAAACUGUCCUUGAAGAUGAAUGAGGUUGACUUCUAUGAGCCAUUUAUGGAUGAGCCCAUCGCCAUCCCCAACAAACCUUACACAGAAGAGGAGCUCGUGGAGUUUGUGAAGGAACACCAAAGACCUACUCUCCGGCGCCUGAGGCCAGAGGACAUGUUUGAAACCUGGGAAGAUGAUUUGAAUGGGAUCCACAUUGUAGCCUUUGCAGAAAGGAGUGACCCAGAUGGCUAUGAAUUCCUGGAGAUCCUGAAACAGGUGGCCCGGGACAACACCGACAAUCCUGACCUGAGCAUCGUGUGGAUUGACCCGGAUGACUUCCCUCUGCUGGUUGCCUACUGGGAGAAGACCUUCAAGAUUGACCUAUUUAAGCCACAGAUUGGGGUGGUGAAUGUGACAGAUGCUGACAGUGUCUGGAUGGAAAUUUUAGACGACGAUGACCUGCCCACUGCGGAGGAGCUGGAAGACUGGGUCGAGGAUGUGCUUUCGGGAAAGAUCAACACUGAGGACGAUGACCAUGAGGAUGAUGAUGAGGAUGAUAAUGAGGACAGUGAUGGAGACAAUGAGGAGGAUGACGAGGAAGAUUCUGAUGAAGAUGAUGAAGACAGCACGGAUGAUGAGUAGCUCCGACUCCAGAUGAUUCUUAUGAAAACAAAAACCACAGCUAGCCCUGCCACAGGGACAGACAGACCUGGAGGUGGCAGCAGCCCUGCCCCCCAUGCCUCCUUUCCUUUCUCCAGUGUCUUCUCUCAUCUUUUCUCAUCUGAACAGAUGCUUGUCCAGAUCCAGCAAUCCACAUAGCAGGGACAGGACAAGAAUGGGUUCCAUGGUGACUCACCUUGAUGGCCACAGAACACCUUUCUUGGUCUUCAUUAGUGCUUCAGGGAGUCAGAGUGGUGCCAGAAUCUCACAGGCUGGGGAGAACCCUUUAAUGCCUCUGUCAAGUUUGCUUGCCCUUGACUAUAAUGGCGACAGAACCCACAAUUUGCUAAUCCCGAAGCAUAGAGAGACCUUGUAAUCAGAGCCCUGGAAAGACCAAUAGUUAGAUGAUUUAGCCCCAUAUCUAGAACAUCAGCAAACUCAUCUAUGGGUCUUUUGAUGUCUACUGAGAAGCCCUGUGUAGGUGUCACCAACACUAGCCUAGCAGGAUCCUGACAUGGGUGGUUGAUUUGUUCUCCAAACUUCUGUCCAGUUGACAAGUGUCAUAUUCACCAAUGGUGGGGGGCGGGGACACUGAAGGACUAAAGGCCCUUAAUUUUUCUGAUGUAGAUGGUUCACAUCUCCAAAUAGGUCAGCUGGCCUUCUAUCCUGAGCUGGGAACUGAGUAUCCCUUCUCUGUCACCGCUAGUGAACUUCUUCAUUUAAUUAAUUUUUUUUUAAACCGAAAAGCAAAAAACCCAAUUAACAAC